AUGGUAAAAAGUCACAGAAAGGAUCACAAAGAGAUGCUUGCAGUUUAUGGUGUUGAUUCCUUAAAAGAAUACAUGUGUCAGAAUUGGCUUAAACAAUUUCAUUCCGGAGAUUUUUCACUUAAAGGUGACCAACGUCGUAGCCGACUUUCUGAAGUUGAUGAUGACAGUAUUAAAGCCAUACAUGAAUCGAAUCGUCAUAUAAUGUGCAAGAAGAUUGCUGAAAAUCACAUAAGAUGUCUUGGAUCAUCAAGAAGCUCGAUAUUUGGGUUUCACAUGAAAGAAAUUCAUUUAACACAACGAGUCGAUAUUUGUGAUACACAUUUCAAACAUAAUGCAAUCAACCCCUUUUUCAAACGAAUUGUCAUUCGUGAUCAAAAAUGGAUCAACAAUGGCUGA